AUGAGUGAGGAGCAACUGUUUGAAGUUCUUGGACUCCCAGAGAUUGAGCCACUGGAUCGUAUUGACGGCACGCCGUUAGAAACGGAACUACCGACUCAGCUGGCCAAGGCAGCAGAAUGGACUGAGUGGAUUGACGAGGACGAUGAAGACAUUCGGCUCCUUAAUUUGAGUGAAAGUUUUCUCCAGGGAGAGGAGCCUACAAGACUGGCUCAGCCGGGUAUAUUGCGGGUACCGGAAACGAUUUUCACGGAUUCGUUUGAUUAUCGUGUGGAUUUAUGGCGAGCAGGUUGCAUGAUAUAUUCCUUCCUAUUCACAACAUAUCCGUUCUGGUAUCUUGGCGAGGACGAAGUCUUGAUUCGCCAAAUGAUUAACUUAGUGGAGAAAUUGCCGGCCGAAUGGGAGUCUCAGUGGGAGUCCAUGAAGAUGGAUUCCAGCCGCGAUUUAGAGAUAGAAAAGAAUUGCGAUAUGUCAAAACUUGAACGAAAGUUUUCAGGGAAUGUGCACGAACCAACACUCCAACCCCUACUACAAGUGAUUCGAGGAUUAAUGCGAUUUCUACCAAGAAGUCGCAUUUCUGCCGAUGAGGCACUCGAGAUGGUGUGCAAUAUUCAGGAAGCAUAA